AGAAAUAAAAAGGAGUCUCUUAAACUUUUUUGCUUGCAUGCAUUUAAGAAAUUUACUCCAACAAAUGAUUUUGAGGAUUUUUCAGAGCAAGUCAUUGGAUACUGUGAAGGACUACCCUUGGCUCUCGAAGUCUUUGGCUCUCUUUUGCAUAAUAGGACGAAAAACGAGUGGGAAAAAAUGAUGAAUAACAUGGGAGGAAUUUCUUGUGGUCCAAUGCAAAAGAAGCUCAAAAUUAGUUGUGAGUUAUUAACUGAUAUAGAGAAAGAUAUAUUUUUUAAUAUAGCUUCUUUUUAUGUGGGUCAGAGUAAACACCAUGUUACACAAUUGUUAAAAAGCUCAAGACUUCCUGCCGAAACGGGAAUGUCAGUAAUCAUUGAGCGUAAUCUUGUAAAGGUCAUGAAUGACAAGCUUUAUGUUCAUGAUUUGCUACAAGAGAUGGGAAAGGAAAUCAGUCAUAGUAAGCCGAAGUUCAUAUAUAACUAUGACGUAUUCUUAAGUUUUAGAGGUGACGACACACGCAAAUCUUUCACUUCUCAUCUUUGCAGUGCUUUAAAGCAAGCAGGUAUUGAGGUCUACAUGGAUGAGGAAAGAAUUGAAAAGGGAGAAAAUAUUUCAUCUUCAUUAUUGGAAGCAAUUGAAAGUUCAAGAAUUUCAAUUAUUAUAUUCUCAAAGAAUUAUGCUGGCUCUAGUUGGUGCUUACAAGAAUUAGAGAAAGUCAUGGAGUGUUACAAAACAACUCAUCAAGAGGUUUUACCUAUAUUUUUUGAUGUGCGACCUUUUGAAGUUCGUAAACAACAAAACGCUUUUGGAAAAGCAUGGGAAAGACUUAUUAAGAGAACUUCAAGUGGCAAAAUGAAGAAAUUGACAACCAAUGUAAAAAGAGCCCUUACAGAAGCUGCCAAUUUAUCUGGGUGGGACAUGCAUAACUACAGAACUGAAGUCGAAUUAAUUGGCCAUGUUACUGAAACUGUUAGAAUGAAGAUAGGUGACAACAAAUGCCUGUUUGUUGCUCACCAUCCAGUGGGAUUGAAGUCUCGCGUGCAAGAUAUCAUCCAAUUGCUAAGUAGUAAAUCAAAUGAGGUUAUCAUUUCAGGGAUUUGGGGAAUGGGGGGUGUUGGCAAGACAACAAUUGCUAAAGCCAUCUAUAAUGAAGUUGGUCAAAGUUUUGACGGAAAGUGCUUCCUUGCAAAUGUUAGGGAAGUUUGGAAGCAAGAUAAUGGUCCGGUUUACUUGCAAGAACAACUUCUUUCAAGUAUCUUAAAAUCAAGAAGGAUGACACUACCUGAUGUAGAAAUGGGAAAAACUCUAGUAAAGGAAAUCCUUUGUAAGAAAAAAGUGAUUGUUGUACUUGAUGAUAUGAACAAUGAAGACCAACUAAAAGCUCUGUGCGGAAGUCUUGAGUGGUUUGGUCAAGGUAGUAGAAUCAUUAUCACUACUAGAGAUCAACAUUUACUUAACGUCUUAAGAGUGAUUCAUGUAUAUAGUGUGAAAGAAUUGGAUGACAACGAAUCUCUUGAACUUUUUAGUUGGCAUGCAUUUAAGCAAGCAAUACCUGAACAAGAUUUCAUUGAACUUUCAAGAAGGAUAGUUUCUUACUCUGGAGGGUUGCCCCUAGCUCUUGAAAUCCUUGGCUCCUAUUUAUAUGAUAGAGAAAUAUUGAUUUGGAGAAGUGUUUUGGAGAGAUUACAACAAAUUCCAAAUGAUCAAAUCCAUGAGAAGCUUAAAAUAAGCUAUGAUGGUUUGAGCGAUGAUAUAGAGAAAGAAAUAUUUCUUGAUAUAUGUUGUUUCUUUAUUGGGAAGAACAAGAGCGAUGUGACACAAAUAUUGAAUGGUUGUGGACUUCAUGCAGAUAUUGGAAUUAGUCGCUUGAUUGAACGAAGCCUUGUAAGAGUUGGCAACAAAAAUAAGCUUGAAAUGCAUGACUUAUUGCGUGACAUGGGAAGAGAAAUUAUUCGUCAGCAGUCAUUAGAGGAGCCUGAGAAACGUACUAGAUUAUGGUUUCAUGACAAUGUGUUGGAUGUGUUAAGAGAUAAAACUGGAACAAUGUCCAUCAAAGGACUGGCUUUAAACUUGUCAAUGAACAAUUCAUUGUACUUGAGUGCCAAAACAUUUAAGAAUAUGAGGAGGCUUCGUUUGCUUCAACUUGAUAAUGUACAACUUAUUGGAGAUUAUAGUUAUCUAUCAACAAAUUUGAGAUGGCUUUGUUGGCAUGGGUUUCCCUUAGAAAGCUUGCCAAUGAACUUCAAUCUAGAGAAGAUAGUUGCCAUUGACUUAAAGUGGAGUAAUCUUGUGAAAGUUUGGGAGAAGAGCCAGUUGCUGGAGGGGUUGAAAAUUCUCAACCUUAGUCAUUCUCAUUGCUUAAUAGAGACACCUGACUUUUCAAAGAUACCAUAUCUUGAAAAGUUAAUACUCAAAGAUUGUCCUCGUUUGUCUAUAAUUCACCAUUCCAUUGGUGAUCUUCAAUAUAUUGUUAUGUUAAAUUUAAAGGACUGUAAAAGCCUCAGCCACCUCCCGAGAAGUGUAUAUCAAUUGAAAUCCUUGAAGACCCUCAAUCUCUCUGGUUGUUCAAAGUUUGAAAAGCUAGAAGAAGACAUUGAACAAAUGGAAUCUUUAACAACUUUGAUGGCAAAUCAAACUUCUAUGGCUCAAGUUCCUUUCUCAUUGUUGAGACUGAAAAGUAUUAAAUAUGUGUCUCUGUGUGGCUAUGAAGGAUUAUCACGUGAUGUAUUUCCAUCUCUUUCUUUGUCUUGGAUGUCACCAUCAACACAUUAUUCAAAGUCAUUGUCGCAAGCAUUUUGGUCCAUGCCAGCUUUAAUUAGGGGUCUAUCACAUCCUUUAUCUUCAAGAAGAUAUGAAACAUCAGAAGCAAGACCGAGCACAUCUCAGGUUUCAUGCCAAAAUGCUCCGGCAUUACUUGAAUUUCAUGAUCAAGUUCACAGAGAAAGGUCAGAAACAUUGAUGAGUUCUUUGAUUAUUCCAGUAGGGCAGUUCAACAAAAUUACAGAUGCCCUUCUAAAGAGUAUUUCAAAGGGAAGGAAUGGAGGGCUUCACUAUUGUCCUCCUAAAGAAAAUUAUCCUGAUUGGUUAGUUUUUGAACAUGAGGGAUCUUCAGUGUCAUUUGAAGUUCCUGAAGUUUCUGGUCAUAGCUUAAAGGGAAUGGUCCUCAGCGUUAUCUAUUCAUCUCUUCAAGGUAGCAUGGUAUCUGUAAACUCUAUUGGUCUCAUGAUAAAGAAUUUCACAAAGGCUACCAUGCAUUUCUACGAGCAAGAAGUCACAAUAAUUACUUCUGCCAAUGAAGAAUGGCAGAACAUAGUAUCUAAUUUGGAGCCUGGAAAUGAGGUGGAAAUUGAAAUCAAGUUUGCAUACAAACAUAUUGUGAUGAAGAAGACUGCAGUUUAUCUUUUAUAUGUUGAAGAAACUGACAAGCUGAUCCCUCUAGAUGGCAUUCAAUCAUAAGGUUAAGGUACAUUUGUUAUCUUUUAGUUAAUUGGGAUUGUUAUGAUAUAAGAUUCUCUUACUUAUUUUUUAAAUCUAGUAUGACUUUUUUUAGUUUUGUUUGAAGGAUAGUGCUUCAAGCUCAAGGGUUCAUUUAAAUAAAACGCAAGUGUUCUCCCAAAAAAAAAUUAAGUGAAGAGUGAUAGGUUUAAAGGUUUUCUUAUUUAUGUUUUUCAUCUUUUAUGUCAUUUGUUGCAGAAAGCAAAGAAACACACGUCUUGUCCUUUUCCAUCUCUUAUAUCAUACAUAAUACUCUCUUUAUCACUUUCAUCCUGUGUUAUGAAUAUCUAUUUACAUAGUUCAUGAUAAUUAUAACAGUGCAAUUACAUGCUGACUUUGCGUAGUUCCAUGUUGCUGACUUGAUAUUAAAAUGGCGAUAUGCUGGUGACCAAUUUUGCUACCUCAAAUGAAGCUCUUUGUUUGAAAAUGUUUGAAGAUGACCAUGUCAGAAUUUCACACUGGUUUCUACUAAACAUAUCCAGUCUUGAGCCCCUAUUUGUCUCUAACGAAAUUCUUUCAAGGAGGUAUUGUAUUCCAAGGUGAAAGACUAUAGAUCAGAAAAGCCAAUUUGAAAUGAGAAAAUGACACAAAAUUUUGAUAAUGGGUUGCAUAAAACACCAUCAUCUAUGUAAUGUAGGUAGGAUUCCAAACGGACAAAAUGUUGGAGGUUUUUGAAUAUUUGUAAUUGAAAAAUAUUGUUCAAAUUUCUUUUUUUUUUUAAUUUCUUUUUCCUUCUUUUUUUGGUGACUUUUAUGGUUAAUUUAUUGAAUCACCUCUUCAACAGCAUGAGGGGACUGUAGUCUUUUUGAGCAACUGGGGCAGAAAAGGGACACGAGACUGGAGAUGCAAUUCCAUUCGACGCCUUAGGAAUUUUAAAGCUAGCUAGAACUAUAAUAUUUCUUAAGGAUCAAAAUAUUUUGCUCUAGGAAGUUCUCAAAAAUUUCCAUUAUUAGUCAAAGCUUUAGUAAGGUGGUCUUUGAGAAUGAAGAUGUUAGAGAUGGCUUUAGUAAGAUAUUCUUCAUUGAGUUUCCGCUACUAAUUUUGGUUCUUAAAAUUUAAAAUUAAAUUCAGGUGCUGAUUUGAACUUGUCGAAUAAUUGCCUAUUCAAAUCCUAAAAUCUUUACCUGCUGAUUUUCCUCCUUUGUUUCGUUCUACUAUUGUUUCUACUCUUGAACAUUGAGGUCCUCGAUCUGUUUUAUUUGCUUCUAGCCAGUUUCUUGAUUAAAUACUGGUGUACAGUACACAAAAGACUACGUUGUUCUCUCUCUUCUUUUCUGGGUUACCAUAAAAUUCUUAUAUGCUCAUCCCUGUUACUGAUCACAAAUAGGAGAAUUUGUUAAAUUUUGGAGUACAU